AAUUGAAAUACCUUCAAAAAUGGUGCUUCUUAAAAUCAUUAGAAAAAUCAAAGAAAAGGAGAAAGAAAUGCGCUUGCUGAUCCUUGGCCUUGACAACGCCGGCAAGACCACGAUUCUGAAGAAAUUCAUGGGUGAAGAUACCGAAGAUAUUUCUCCAACGCUUGGUUUCAACAUAGAGACCAUUGAGCAUAAGGAUUGCAAGCUCAAUGUCUGGGAUGUUGGCGGCCAGAAGACAAUCCGGUCUUACUGGCGGAACUACUACGAACAGACUGAUGGCCUUAUCUGGGUGGUCGACUCUGGAGACAAGCUCAGACUUAUGGACUGCAAGAAGGAGCUCCAUAAUCUCCUGUCUCAGGAGAAGCUAGCUGGAGCUUCCCUCAUGAUUUUCUGAAAUAAGCAGGAUAUGGCUGGAGCCCUCACUAUUGAGGAGAUCAGCGAGGUCCUAGAGAUUGAGCAGAUUGAAAAGAGACACUGGAACAUCCAAGCAUGCAGUGCCAUCACAGGCGAAGGUCUGCUUGACGGCGUUGACUGGAUCGUUGAUGACAUUAAGAGCAGGAUUUUCAUGCAUGGGUAAUAUGUCAC